AUGGAAGGCAUCAAUCCGCAGAGAAUGGCCAUGAUAGCCAACACACCAGCACCAGCAGUGCGGCCGGCCAUUACUGACGCAACAGGCCCGACAGGAACGCAGAGCAACAACAUACCGCUCGGCACACGAAGACAUGGACUGCGAUUCGACGAUGCAACACAGUUCCCUGCACAAGACUCCAGACCUUCUGCCGCAGCAGUAGGUCCACCGGAGAACACCAUGGGUGACGCACAAGCAUCUCCAGCAACCAAAGCUCCCUACAACGGGAUGAUGAGCGGCAUGGACGACGAUGACCAGAAUGACUCGGACGACCAAGACGAGACUACUUUCAUACUCGACCGCUCCACCGCACAACAUGCCGAGAUGGGUCCAAGCUGGAGCAACCACGGCCCAGCACCCUCCGACUUCUACCGUCCAAGCUGGGGCAACCAUGACCCAGCACCCUCCGGCUACUACCAACACCCAGAACCAUUCUCGGGCUUUGGGACACAAGACUUGUGGCAUCUGCCGGCGGCUGAUCGCAGAUUUGUGAUGAAGGAUCAUCACGUUAGGUCUCCCAUCAGACUUUUCCACAGCGCAUGCAAGAGGAUUGUCAAGAAUUGGGACUGCGCGCCAUUGAACUGCCUCCCACUGGAGCUGCGUCGCACCACACCAUACUCUCUCGCGUUAUUCCUUCGGCUCAGCGAGCUUUCUCGGGCCAUUAUCUCCGACUGCCGUGUCAUCAAAGACCUUCUCUUUUCUCAGGUCGCCUCUCGUGUAUCACGGCUGCCACUGCCAGCAGGAGACUCACCAGGUCUCAGGAUAGUGCAGUCGCCCGGUCAAGAGCAUGCGGAAGAAUGGAUUCUAGAGAAUGUUGAAGGCCUGAUGCUGGAUGACUUGAGGGUGAUUUUUAGCCAACUCAGACACAGCUCAGCCACGCGCACUCCCAUCGCACUCAAUGCCAGUGAUUCGGUACGGCUCGAAAUUCAAGCGGCGAUUAAUCGUGAAGAGAUGAAGAAAGACAGGAAGGAGAGGAAGAAGGCGAGCAGGUCAGCACGUCGACAGCAGCAAAACGAAGAGCUAAAGGCUGCCGGGCGAGUGCCUAAUAAAAGGGAGAGACAACUUCUUGCUCAGCAACAAAGGGUAGUAGCCCAGCAACAGAAGGAGCCGGAAGAAGCGGCCCAUAGGGAAGCGGCUCAGGGUGACGAAACCGCAGAACUUGACCCUCAUCGCUACCCACUGCGGAGCAGAGAGGCCGAUGUGUUGACACAGCAGCUGAACAGCCUUGGUGUGGACAGCUUAUCAACCACAGAGGCUUACCGGAAGGACCGCCACAAGCGUCUCAAAGCGAACUUCCAGCGAGGUCUACCUUCCGAGCGACUUCAAGGUGCCUUCAUGCCUUCGCUACAUCUCAUGGCAGAAGAGAGAAAGGAACGUGCCGCAAUUGACGGCAUGAGCAGGCUGGGUCUGAGUUUCCAACAACCGCUUCCAUCUCUCGCCUUCAAUCAAUUGACCGGCGGUUCUGACAAUACUGAGGGAUGCGUGUCACUCCCAAGGCAUGGAAGUGUGCCAAGUGCUCAGGACAACAUGAGCAAAUUGGGUCUGAGUUCCCAGCGGCCGUUUUCAUCUCUCGUCUCGAAUCAACUUACCGGCGUAGAUGAGGGAGGCGUGUCGCUCCUCGGACAAGGAAGUAUGCCAAGUGCUCAGGAUAACAUACUGAAUGUGGGCAUGCACGGCUAUCCUGAUACAGCUUCACUCUACGGACGCUCUGAAGCAAGAAGACCGCGUCUCCUGGGAGGCACUCGCUGCGCUGAGUGCUUUCAUCUCCGCCGCGAGUGCACCCAUCUAGAGCUUUCGACUGAUGGUGGUAACAAGGGCCAAAGAAAGCCUCGCUGGGAUCGCAACGACAGACGGAACCGAGAUGAGGGCCGUGGUGGCCGUGUCGAGCACGCUGGGCCACGCCACGGCUAG